AUUUUUACAGAUUGAACUUUGUUAUCGCAAAUAUAAUUUUAUACUACAGUACAAUAUAAUUUGGAUUAGAUGGUUUCAAUGAGACUGUAUGGUUUUCAUAACAACGGUAAUUUCCUGUUUCACAACUUUGUUUCCGGACAGUUUGACAGUCACACAAAACGAAAGUCAAGAGUGGAAGAGUGGUAAUUUGCAAAAAUCAAUAAACAAUUUAUUGAUUUCGCCUUAACGUCGCAGCGGCGACUUUGUGUAUAGGAUCAUGAUUUUCUUAAGUAUUAUAUUAGCCAAUUUGUUAUUUACAAGUGCAAAUUUGGUCUUGGAAAAUGACCAAUGCGAUGCCGCUACGAAAACUUGUCCGGAUGCCGCCGAAAAUACAAAUGAUAUAAAAUUAUUAUUAUACGACGUGAACCCGCCUGAAGGCUUUAAUUUACGACGCGACGUGUAUAUGAGGUUUGCUAUAAUGCUUGCAGAGGCUCAGAAGGACGGAAAAAAGGAAAAUUGGCGGUUAGUUUUGCCCCCGUGGUACAAUCUAUUCCAUUGGAAAUCCAGAGUUGUAAAACACGAACCUAUGUCUUGGAGUUAUUUUUUCCAGGUCGACGCGCUCAAAUCCUACGCGCCGGUUCUUGAAUUCAACGAAACAUUUAGUCAAUUCACGGGCAAUGCUAUAGAAAUAGAUGUUUUGUACGUACUGCAAAACUACAAGAAGUUGUUUGAAGACGGUGAUUAUGAUGAUAAGUGGGAGACGACCGAGGACUGCUACUACGAUGGCGAGUUCUGGGGUUACAAUAAUGUAACCGUAAAAGAAACAGUUUGCGUUCACUACCAAGGAAAAAUUUCCAUGCUGUGGGAGUUGGUUGCCUUGCAUCCUUCGGCCAAGACCAUCAUGUUUUCGAAUGGGGAGAUUCCUUUGCAUACCUCUUACGGAACAAAGGUCUACUGGGAUUGCAGGAAGAGUAUGAAGUUUAGCAAAAGACUGUUGGAUAUUGCUGACGAAUAUAUUAAGAAGGAGCUUUCAUGCAACAAAGUCAAGUGUGACUCGUACAUGGCAGUUCAUUGGCGCAGGCAAGAUUUCGCACGGAGUCGUGGGAAAGACGUCCCAUCGCCUGAGCAAACUGCCGCUCAAAUUAACAAACUCCUUUAUGAAAAACGGAUGGACAUAACAGGUGUGUUUUUGGCUACUGAUGCCACUGCAGAAGAGAUUAAGAAGCUGAAAGCUGCUCUGUCCAGGCACAGCCAUGAGGUUAAGAUGUUUUCUCCCAAUCAUAAAGAUGCUAUGCAGCUGAGGGAAGGAGACUAUGCUGUGAUUGAUCAGAUUAUUUGUUCCCGGGCUGUCUACUUCAUCGGAACACAUGAGAGUACAUUUUCGUUCCGUAUUCAAGAGGAGAGGGAGAUCCUCGGAUUCCCUAAAGAGACAACAUUCAAUCGCCUCUGUCCAGAUUCUGGAGACUGUGAGAAGCCAGCAAGAUGGACCAUUGUCAACUAAUUUAGAAAUUUUAAAUUUUUUGAUGUAUUUUAUGUCUAGAUGUGGCAAAUAUGAAUACUCAGUAACAUAAGACUAAGAUAUAUUCCAUAUGUUUACUAUGAUAAUGGAGUUUCAUAACUUCACUACAUUUCAGUCUCAAUUGGUUUGACCACUGAAAUAUAUUUAAGGCAGUUUUUCCUGGCUCAUCACUUAAGCGGAGAUCUCAGCUGCCAAUGCAGCUUUGUUUUUAAGAUCAAUCUCAUAUGUAAUAAAUGGUAUAUUUUUACCAUAAAAAAGAUAAUUUUUUAUGCAUUUAUUUAGGAUAAAACAUGCAGUCAAACUGUAUUUAUUUAUUAAAGCUAACGGACAUGUUGGUAGCUCUGCACACAUUUGUAGUUGAAGGAGCAGUAUUUUUAUUCAAAUAAUGUAACCAGUAGAUUUGUAAUCCAUUUAUAAAUACCUGUCCGUUCUAUGAGCUUUUUAAGAAUACUCCUUCCAUAUUAGAAAUUCUUUGUGCCAUUUUAUUGAUCGUUAAUUUCGGUCAUAAUUAUUGCCAAGUUAAAAACAAUUGUACACAUAGGCCUAAGACUCUAAAAUUCUAAGUCAAUUUGUUUUUCAUAUCAUUAGGUUUCUUAUAAAUUUAUUUACAUUAAUGAACUCUUAUAAUGGUCAUGUAUACUUAAUAUGUGGCAAGUUAGUACAAUAAUAUUUUUUAUGCAAAUAUGUAUGUUUCGCAGUCAUGAAGACCCAAUAGCAUCUGCAAGAUUUUAUUUUGUGAUAUGACAUUUCUAGAUUUUGUUAUUUCUUAGAUUAACAUCAACUUUAUUACCUUGUGUUUAGGAUCUCAGUUUCAAAAUAUUGUCAUACUAACCAAAGAUCUUUCAAUUAUGAAAGUAUUGUAUACUUACUCAAAUAAAAAAAUAUUAAGUGCCA